AUGCACGGAGACGUCCGGUUUUCUUGUCUGCUGCUGCUCUGCGGCCUCUGCAGCAUCGCCAACGCCUUUUACAUUCCAGGAUGGUCCAUCAAGAGCUACAGCGAUGGCGAGUCCAUUCCGUUGUUUGUCAACAAGGUCUACUCGGAUAACACCCAACUCCAAUUCGCCUACUCCGAACUACCCUUUGUAUGUCCUCCGACGGGCCGCCGCCCCGCUGGCCACAACAGCGCAACAUUGUCCUUGAACCUCGGCGAAGUCCUCCGCGGCGAUCGCAUUAUGUUGUCCGACUAUGAGCUGGUAAUGGGCCGGGACGAGGAGGCCAGAUAUCUGUGCAGCGCAAAGGUGGACAGGGCGGGGCUCGAAAGAGCCAAGGAGGUCGUCAAGGGUGGUUACGUCGCCGAGUGGAUAGUGGAUAAUCUGCCGGGUGCGACAAGUUUUGUUACCACGGAUAAGUCGCGGAAGUAUUACGCGGCCGGUUUCAAAAUGGGUUAUGAGACAUUUGACGCGGCGACGGGAAGGCCGGAACUUUUCAUCAACAACCACGUCACGCUUGUCAUUCGUCACCGCUUGGCGCCUGGCAGGGACGGUCAGCAGGGUAAGAGGGUGAUUGUUGGUUUUGAGGUCUACACGAAGAGUAUUGAGGCCGGCAACCGGAAUGAGAGUGGUCUUCCCCUUGACCUCCACAAUGUGGAGAAGGGGCUGGAGUUGCGCAUUUCGCCGAACAGGACGGAACUGGAACACAGAUAUGCCGAUUCAUCUUAUAUUCCAGAGGAUGAGGAUCUUGAUGAUAGCGCAACGCUCACCAUCCCAUACACGUACUCGGUGUACUUCCGCGAGGACGACAAGCUCGAAUGGCAGAACCGCUGGGACAUGUACUUUGUCAAUCAGGAAGACAGCUCCACGAUCCAUUGGCUUGCGAUUAUCAACUCGCUCGUAAUUUCUGGACUUUUGACUGCCGUGGUGGCCGUCAUUUUUGCAAGGACCGUCCGCGGCGAUAUCAAGAGCUAUAAGGAUGGAGAUUUGGAAAAGCCCAAGAAGAGCAAGAAGGGCGGCAAGUCGCCCAGGAAGAGUGCGGAGAAGAAUGGUCUUUUGGGACAGCUUGAUGAAGCCGAGGGGGAUGCUGAUAUUUCUUCGGACGAGGAAUUGCUCGAGGAUAUCACCGGCUGGAAAUUGGUUCACGGAGACGUGUUCCGCCCGCCGCCGUACGGAGGUUUGUUAGCUCCGCUCGUCGGGUCUGGUUCGCAGUUGGUCUUCAUGGCGAGCGGUCUGCUCCUCCUGAGCUGCUUGGGUGUCCUUAACCCCAGCUUCAGGGGCGGAUUCAUCAGCGUUGGAAUCGCACUGUUCAUCUUCGCGGGAAUGUUCUCUGGAUAUUUCUCCGCCAGAGUGUACAAGACGUUUGGCGGCCAGAGAUGGCAAAAGAACGUGGUUAUUACUGGUACCCUGAUUCCCGGCCUCCUUUUCGCCACCAUUUUCAUCCUCAACCUCUUCGUUUGGGCACAAGCUUCCAGCACUGCCAUUCCAUUCGGCACGCUGAUUGCGCUCCUGGCGCUAUGGCUCCUGAUUCAGCUUCCCCUCGUCUACGUCGGAGGAUGGUACGGUUACGAGCGCGUUGGUGCCUGGACGCACCCGAUCAAAACCAACGCCAUCGCGCGCCAAAUCCCACCACAAACAUGGUACACGCGGGGCCUUCAAGCGAUCCUUCUUGCAGGCCUCAUCCCAUUUGCCGUCAUCUUCAUCGAGCUGCUCUUCGUCUUCAAGAGCGUAUGGCAAGACAAGAGCGGCUAUUAUUACGUGUUCGGGUUCCUGGGGGCGUGCUUUGCGAUCCUGAUGGUAUGCGUAGUGGAAGUGACAAUCGUGGCGACAUACGCGCAGCUGUGCGCCGAGAACCAUCGGUGGUGGUGGCAGAGCUUCCUGGUGGGUGGGGGCAGCGCCGUGUGGGUGUUUGCGUACUGCGCGUGGUAUUUCUGCGCUCGGCUGCGCGUCGAGGGCUUUGUGAGCGGGCUGCUGUUCUUUGCGUAUAGCUUUUUGGCGUCGCUUGUUUAUGGGCUGCUGACGGGCACGGUGGGCUUUUUGGCGGCGUAUGCGUUUGUGCGCAGGAUUUAUGGUGCUAUCAAGGCCGACUAA